UGCGCGUUUUCUCACAUGUCUUUAGCAACAUGGCAGCCCCUGUCGACCUGGAACUGAAGAAGGCUUUUGCAGAACUGCAAGCCAAAAUGAUCGAUACCCAGCAAAAGGUGAAGCUGGCUGAUCUGCAAAUCGAGCAGCUGAGUCGGAUGAAAAAGCACGCUAACCUGACUCAUGUAGAGAUCACUUCACUUCCCGACAGCACUCGCAUGUAUGAAGGAGUGGGGCGCAUGUUUAUCUUGCAAUCAAAAGAGGAGAUUAAUAAUCAGUUGGUGGAAAAGCAGAAAACCGCAGAUGACAAGAUUAAGGAGCUUGAGCAAAAGAAGACGUACCUGGAGCGCAGUGUAAAGGACGCAGAGGACAACAUCAGAGAAAUGUUAAUGUCCAGACGGGCUCAGUAACACUCACUCAGAGCACUGAUCUCACCUUUAACCCCACUGGGAUUUGUUACUACAUGUUUAAUGCGUACCUGCCGAUACUCUGGUAUUCCCAGGAACAGAACACACUCAUUAUUUCUGUAAAUGGGGGGCCAGUAGGACUGGAUGAUUAUGGGUGUGAAGUUUAGGCCACCUGACUGGUAACUGUCAGUGUGAUCUGAUUCUAUUAAAACAUCUUGUAUUUGCUUGACUGCUAUAAUAAAAUGUUUCUGUUUGUUUAGGCAUUGUAUUAAAGUUGUCACUGUGAA